UCUAAUGUGAUUGGUUGUUUCCGAAGUUAGCUCAUUUCAUAGCUGAACGUCUACAAUGCAAAGCAGUAUAAUGAGGAACACAGGUUGAUAAUGAUCUACAUAAUUUAAUGCUCCUCAAAAUGGUUCUUCAGACAGUAUCUGCCUUCAAUAGUGACAUCUAGUUCGCCACCAGUAAAUCUUCGGAGAAGUGCUUUGAAAGAGGAAUUCAGUAGUGUGUGGAUUUUUCCUUCAGUCAGUAUCAUUUUGAGACCAAGCAUUAAGAACACAAUAUUCAGAGAAGAGAUUCUUUUCAACGAAUUUAUUAUCAAGUUGUACAAUCAAAUAUAUAUGGUUUUUAAGAAACUAUAUCCGGUGAAGGAAUUGAAUCAAAGGUGUGAAUACAUGAAAUGCAAUUAAAAUAUUUGUCUUUAUAAUCAUAGUUAAAUGUCAAGUUACAAAACAAUUAGUGUCAUAUAUGGAAUUAUUCAUGAGGUGUAUAGUUGUUGGAAAGGUGUUCACAAUUAUAGGAUUAGUAGGCUAAUAUAAAAUGUUACAUAACAUGGUGUGAAAGUGUUAAGCCCUCAGCUUUCUUUUAAAGUUAACUGAACUUAUUUUUAUUCAUUUGUAAUAUUCGAAAAUCAGUUUUGUUAUGUCUUGCAACACACAUUGUGUGAAUUAGAUUCAGCUGUGUAAGAAGGUACUAAACUAUCAAAACACAUGAUUUCCAGUGAACUACAGUCUAGAGGCAUUCAUUCUAAUUUAUUGGGAUAAUUUAGUAAGAUGUCAUGAUUACUCAUCAUUUACUGUAGAUAAAAAUGAAUAGAGUCUUUAAGGUAAACUGUACACAUUUUAACUGGUGGAUGGUGACUGGCAGUGGAAUCCACGGUGAGCAUUUCGUCCUAUUUGAGACUCGUCAUCUCGAUGUACCUGCAUUUCUCAACGAGUGAUCAUGUUCCCAACAAGGCUUGAACGUAGUGCCUAUAGUUUGUUCUUCAUCUUCUGACAAACAGACACAUGUCAAUAUGAAUUUGAAUAAAUUACUUCUGCGGUAAAGCACGCAGCCUAUGUACCCCGAAAAUAAUGAAAAACAAUAAGUUAAAUGACUCUGUCAUAAAUAUUUAUGAUGGAUUUAUAUUAUCUGAGGAGAACAAGGGUUAUCAACUUAUAUUCAAACCUAUGAAUAGUUCGGAAGUAGAAUAAAACAGUUUUGAUAUAAGUAUAAAAUUUGGACACUGUGGUAGAGCACAACUCCAUUAUAGACAAGAUUUUAUUUUGGUAAAUCACACACUGUUAUGCAGUAAUAUUAACUGAUGACAUUUCGAGCACAGACUUUUAUAAGUCUCUCUUCUUUCCACUGUUAUUCUGGCUGAUGUCAUUUUGUGGCAGAAUUUACGUGUUCGGGAUAUAUUUUUAAAGAUAAUUUUAACUAACUUCAUUUUAUUAAUCAAUCUGUAGAAAUAACCAAUUUUAAUAUUUGAUUAACCUUCGUGCUAUCGAAUAUUGCUGAAUAAUGUGAAAGAAAGGAUUUGUCUUAAACACACUCUUGCUACACACUUACUUUAUGAAUUGUGUAAAAUCAGUUCGUCAAAAUAAUUUUGUUUUAAAUAUUUUGAGAUUCCUAACAUUGUGAUGAAUUCGAUUAAUUUUAGCACAUAACGACGUAUUUUGCUUACCGUGUUACAUGCAAAACAUGCGCAAAUUUUGCGUCUAUUUAUCAGACUACCGUUUACUAUUUUAUAGCUUAACCACAAUCAAAAGGAUCUGGUUUGUCAGGAAAAACGGUUAUGAAACAUGAAUAACAUUUAUUAUUCUGAAUAUUAUAAACAAUGAAAACUCGUAACGUCACUGAUGAAGUAAACUACAAAUUUCACAAUCAAUAUUGCCUACUUGGUGCUGAGAAAUUAACUUUCCCUGAUUAAACCGUUUCUCUUUUAUGUAUGUAUUCAUUCAAUAGCCAAACAUUUAUGGUGUACUCCAGUUGAUUAUUGAGUGAUUCGUUUUUUACAAAAUGAAAGCACUGCUCCAACUUCAUAGGUAUUCAAGGGAAGAAAGAAGAAAAUUUCAUGUUGAUGGAUCUUUAUGAACUAACUAACUGAAUGAAUGAAUGAAUAGGUUAUUAGAUGUUAAUUUUUUAAAGCAAUGACUCUCAAUUCUAAUUUUAAAAACUGUAAUUAUAUGUUUAUAUGCUGUAGCAGCGCAUAAAUAGAAGCGACCUAUGUUCUAAUAAGCGAAUAGAUCCGCAUCAAUCAUAAGCUUUCCUGUGCAUGAAAUCAAGCUAACAUAAAUAUAGUGAAUUUCAGUGAGGAUAAUAAAAACUAAAAGUGAUACUUAAGAGUACUUCUAGGUCAGUGAGGAUUCCAAAUUUUAAAUUCUUAACGCAAAAUUUGGAUUUGAAAAUUCGAAGCAAGUCCACUUAUUUGAUUUGCAGACCAAUAAGUAGAAAAUCAGUUCGGAAUCAUACACAAGUACUUUUCAGUUCCAAUCUAUCCACUACAGACAAUAAAAUAUCUGAUGCAUCAGUGGAAAAACUGUGUAAGACUGAGAAGACUGUAAGAACUAGUUGAGAAUGAUAACAACUGGUGUAGUUGUAUGGCAGUAUUUCGGAUAACUAUAAAGCUUAACAUGCUAGAUUAGCUGCAGUUGGUGUCCUUGAAUCACAUACGGAUCACGGACUUCCUUCAUACCAUUAUACUGAUGUUAUUUCUUUUUAUAGAGUUAAGAAAUUUAUUCUUUCAGUAAUGUAUGCUUUCACACUCAGCUCACAGUUAAGUUCAUCAUAAAAAAUUAAUUCACAAACAUCAAAAGAAAUGGGUGUUUUUCAUAUAAUCAUUCCGGCUUUUUUAUUAUGUCACGUUAAUAGAAAAUAUAUGCAAAUUUUGUUUAAGCUUUAUAGCCGAAAAGAGUAAAGAAUUUUCAAAUAUUCAGAUAUUGUCUCCAGAACCGAAAUGUUACUAUAGUAACUGCCCUAAUUUCCGUUUAAGCCUAUAAAUAUAUAUACAUAUGUGUAUAUAUAUUAUACGUAAUGAAAAAAUGGUACUAUAUGGGUAAUUAUAUAUAAUAUUUAUGUGUGUUUAUGCAUAUGUAUAUAUCAUUUUUCCCUAAAACGAUAGAUUUAAAAGAAAUUUGUACAUCGCAUUCUGUCAUAGCUUGACCUCAAGAUGGAAAUAAUGCACCGUUGUUAACAGACUGAUUAUAACUGAAGGAGUUAAGACAGUAUACUCCUCUUGUCCACCCUAACACAAAAUUAUGAUAUGGUAUCCUACCGUGUUUAUUUUUUUCAGUAGACAUCGUUGUGCAGAUAUCAUUUUAUGUGAAUCUGCUUUUUACAGAUAUCACAAUUAUUAGCACACUAAUGGUUCAACUUCAAAUUGUCUUUGGUAUGCCAAUCCGAGUUUUAUAUAUCCUGAUUAAUAUAUGCCUUUAAUAACUAACUGUCUUUAUACUUUAUUCUUUGAUCACCACCACGAAUACUUUGAUUGGUUAUAACAAAUGAAGUGUCCGCUUCAAAAGACGAAUUAAGCAGGUUUCUCAUUACCACAUGUUAGUUUCUGUAAUGACUUAUCCUACAAUAAACUAGACCAUGCCACCAGUACAAAAAUCUUUAAAUAUCCACAUCACUACAAUGGAAACUAUCACAGACGAUGGACAAGAAAAAACGGUGGUCACAAGUUCAGUGAUUAAAAUUAUACUCUUUGUUUUGGGUGCUAUUCUACUAUGCUCAGUAGUUUUGAUUCUACUAGCCACUGCUCUAACACACACAUCUUGGUUCCUACGACGGAGGCGUUCUUUCCACAGACGUCUAGACUCAUCAUCUUCGAGACCAAGGUUUGGAAUAAAGGAUCAUAUAGUUAACUAUAUGUAUGUUGUUGUUGAAACUCUUGCAAUAAACUUUGGAAAUGAUGAUGAGAAUUCUUCAAAGACAACGAAAACACCAAUCCCAAAGUCAUUUGAAAAGACCUGUGAACCACCAUCACUACCUUUGCGCUUUCAACCAGAAAAACUCUACGGAACCACAGCAACUUUGCAUAGAGACAAAUACAGGAAAGCAAGUUGCAUAAAUCUACCCCUACAUUCUCACCAAAACCAAUACCGAAAAAAAUCUAUGCUUGAUGGAUUUAUAUUUUCUGAACAGCGGAGAGGUUCCAGGUUGUCUGAUACAAAUACUGUGUCAAGAAGCAACCUCUCAAUUCAACAUUCACAUUUAACAGGCAGUGAUAAAAGCCACUGUGAAACGAUGAAAUUUCCAUCGACAGAGAAGGUAGAACAACAGGAUAUUCCUGUCAUUCUUUCAGAAAUCCCAUGUUCAUCAAAUCAUGACCAUAUUUGUAGCCAUCAGACGUCUGUAUCAACAGAGGAUUCAAAAUACUUUUGUCAGCCAUCGGAUGAAAAUUGUUUAUCCGUUCCUCUUAUGGCAAGAAGAGCUUCAGCAACAGACUAUGAACUACUCGAUAGUCGUUCAGCGAAAACUAGAAAGGUGUCUUAUGCACCAAUUUCUAUAACUAUAACUGACACUCAAUCUGAUACUGAUGACACCGUAAAUGUCAAAACAGAUGAUACAGGCUUCCUUAGUACUCCGGUAUUGGGAAUAGAUGAUUCCAGAGUUAUCCGACGAAAUAGUUUCUUGUCUUAUGCUACAGUCUUGAGAAAAACAGGUACCGAAGAUCUAGUGACUGGAGAAGAUUACAAGAGUAUUUAUUAUACUGCUCGACAAACACCUACAAUGGGGAGCUCUGCAUCACUUUCAAAUGUUGUACAAGCAGAUGAGUCUUUAUUGCAAAACACAAAUAUUGAUCAAAUCAGCAGCUUAGUUAAACGACUUCCACCAGUUAUAACUUACGACUGGAUGCAAUAUCCCGCUGGAAUUGUGGCUGUUGGUGUUAAGUAUUUAUCGGAAAUAAGUAAAAACGAAAGUCGAGUGUUUGUCACCUUGCAUACAGCCAAAAAUCUGUUAUCACCUCGAUUGUGGCAUAAAACAACAUUUAAUGUUCAAUGUAUCAUUUCAACUAAAGAUCAUUCUCAGAUGUUUACCAUUCACAGUAAAGAAACUGAAUUUGGUUGUCCACAGUUUUUAAAUAACAAUGAAGUUUCAAUGAAUAUACCUAUUCGAAGGAGCUCAAUGACGCCUGCAGUGAAUGACAUAGAAAUACCAAAGAUACACAUUCAAAUGAAAAUUUUCGAAUCGAUCCCGAAGUGGUCAGGUGAUAAGGAAUAUUAUCAUGGCUCUUGUAGUAUGUCAACUCAAGAGCUUCCUGUUAGUCAGGGGGAUUUCGAACAUGUUGGCUGGUGUCUAGUUGAAGAAGCCUAUCCAGUGAUCCGCUUGUCAGGAGAUAUGCUGAUUUCAUUAUGUCGUAAUCAAAACAAAGGCUUCGUCAACAUCAGAAUACACGAGAUGAGGAACUUGAAAUUCACAUCUUAUGGAAGGUGGAGAAUUGAAAACUUGAACGCACUAGUAAAUAAGCGAUCUUAUGAAAUAACACUACAUGCUUGUCUAGUUCAUGCUGGUCGUAUAAUGAAAGCAGUCAAAGCAACGACAAUUCAUUAUCCUGUGCAUCGAUCUUCAAAAACGUAUCAAACAGAUGGACACAGUUUGCUAGAGGGUAAAAUCACUGAAGAAAAGACUGGAGAGAAAAAGAAUUCUCACUGUUUCACACUAAACGAUUGCUCUGUUCAAUUUAAUUUACCAUUCGUGAAGAAGUCAUUUGCCAAACAUUUAACAGUUAAACAUGGUAUUAUAAUUUAUAUUACAAGUAAACUACCGAUUUCCGAUUUAAUACCUUAUGAAUGUGCAAAUCAACUUAAACAAAUGGGUAUUACGAAUAUGCGCGCUUUGAAUGCGAUUGGUGAGUGUCAUUUCGGUGAUUAUGGUUUUCAGAGUGAUUCUGUAAAGGAUUUUAACAGACCAGCAUCAUGUCAUUCUAGUCAAGGUUAUACAUUCUGGAGUGAUGCAGGAUCGCGUAAUGGAACUCGUAUUUAUCAGUGGUUAGGUGCGGAAUGAUAUAAAUGAAUACAACUCAUUUAUUUCAACCUGUUAAAUUCAUCAAUUUAUGGAUUGUUUAUUGUUCUACGUCGUUUGUGUUCAGUCAACUUAUUUAUGAAUCAUUUUUGAUGGCAUCUACGCUUUCGUAUCGAGUUUUUCGUCUAAUCUAAUGAGUACUAUUCAUAUGUAAUCCGCAUAGACAAAAACCCACUUCAAUUUAUUUUUUUUCCUGUCUUGUGAAAAUAAACUCAUUGACGCGGAAAAACAUGACAGAUAUACAAAACUGAUUACAUUUUCAUUGAACAUCAAAGAUAUUUGAUUCUUUCAUUACUAUUUCACUCAAUCAUUUACAAAUUUUCUUUUUCCAGUAGUGUCAUCGUGACGAUUUAUCUGUAAAAAAAAUUGUCGCCGUCAUGUUGUUUGUCAGCUGCACGCACAAGAUCACAAGAGCACAUCUAUAUAAACUUUUUUUCUCUUGACAGUAUUUUUCAUUACAUGUGGUUUUGUUCUACGCUAUUUGACUACAAAAAAUAAUUAACAUUAACGCAAAACAU